AUGCAGAUUUGCGUGUUCAAUAACGACGAUUACGGUGGCAGAUUCACGGCAGCCGGGUCUUCCAAGUUCUCCUCAACAUUGCAAUCGCCUGAGAUACGCGCCUCUGCUCACCCGAUCAUGUUUCCCGAGGAGCGAUCGCUGCGGAGUGAGACUACACUCAACGAAAACUCAGAAGAGAGGGGUAAUAUGUUUAAGACAAUGUGGAAGUACGUAAAAGUGCAAUUAUGGCUUGAGACCAAAAUGUCCAAAGAGUAUGUCAAGACGGCACUGAAACUGGAUGGACUUGACGACGCAGAUAUCAAGGCCCACAAGAACUACAAAUACUAUUCGUACUUUGCUGACAAAUCUGAAGAGUAUCGCCUCAUCGGCUGGCUCCAGAAAGACUAUACCACGUUCGAUGCCUGGCAUAAAGAACUCAAUUUGAACCGGAUUACACAGGCGAAUGAGCUCAACAAGGUAGAGGCGACUGAUGCCUUCAGAGUCUACAAGCACUAUGUGAACAUGCACGACACCUUGAUUGUUAGGCAGAUGAACAUCGGUAAUGCCCCCGAAGUGGUUGUAUCGAGAGGGGCCACGGCCGCAGAGAUGACAGCGAGAACUAUCAUUAUGGCCAAAGCAGAAAGAAGCGAUAAGGCUGCACAGAGGUUAUUGGGUUUGAUAGAUCCCCAUAAUAGUCGGGUGCUACUGACGGGUGAAGCACUCACGCGGCACGUGGAUUAUCAGUAUUUCAAGCUUUUUCGGAAAUUAAAGAAGGAAUUCACGAGCUUGAAUCUCCAGACGAUGAAGAAAUACAGCAACUACUAG